UAAUAUAUAAAUCGUAAUUAAUUAUUAUAUCAUAAAAUUCAUAAAAUCAUAAGUCAUAACUGUCGAUUGAUGACACGCCCUCAAUCCUCACACUAGUCGUGUCCUCUUGCUGUAGGUUUUUCGUGUAUAAUAUUACAUCAAUCUAUUUGAAAUACUGAAUAUGGUCCUCUUGCAUCAUACUAAGGACUAUGAAGAGUUCAAUACGCUCAUAAAAACACUAGAGGAAUCUAAACAGCAGAUUUUUGUAAUUUUCACAGGCUCACCAAAUGAAAGCGGUGAAAGUUGGUGUUCGGACUGCGUUGAAGCCGAUCCAGUUAUCAAGAAACAAAUUGAACACAAUAAAGAAUAUUUAAAAGAUACAAAUAUUGUGUAUGCCCAAGUUGGCAAAAGAGAAGAAUGGAAGAAUAACAAUAAUAAUCCAUUUAAAUUGGACAAAAAAAUACGAUUGCAAUUCUUACCUACACUGCUGAAAUGGGGUACAUUGCAUAAACUUCAAGUUGAAGAAUGUUUGAAACCUGAUUUACUUGAUAUGAUCUUCAAAGACACAGAAGAUGAUUCUUAAAUUAUCAUAAAAAAAAAAAAAUGUAUUGAUAAAUAAUAAAAGACAUUUUUAAAUUGAAUA